AUGGCCUGCUGUUCCACUAGCUUCUGUGGAUUUCCCAUCUGUUCCACUGGUGGAACCUGUGGCUCCAGUCCCUGCCAGCCGACCUGCUGCCAGACCAGCUGCUGCCAGCCAACCUCCAUCCAGACCAGCUGCUGCCAACCGAUCUCCAUCCAGACCAGCUGCUGCCAGCCAACCUGCCUCCAGACCAGUGGCUGUGAGACCGGCUGUGGCACUGGUGGCAGCAUUGACUAUGGCCAGGUGGGUAGCAGCGGAGCUGUGAGCAGCCGCACCAGGUGGUGCCGCCCUGACUGCCGCGUGGAGGGCACCAGCCUGCCUCCCUGCUGUGUGGUGAGCUGCACACCCCCGUCCUGCUGCCAGCUGUACUAUGCCCAGGCCUCCUGCUGCCGCCCAUCCUACUGUGGACAGUCCUGCUGCCGCCCAGCCUGCUGCUGCCAGCCCAUCUGCAUUGAGCCCAUCUGUGAGCCCACCUGCUGA